AUGUUGCAGCAGAGGGAAGAAGCUUACUCCAUUAUUGAGUUUGAAGUCAAAAAAAUUGAAUGCUUUCUAGCUAAAGAAGCAGCAGCAUAUUUUCAUCAAAUUGGAGAAGCAGAGGGUAGUAUUCAAACAGUACACUCCCCUGCAAAAUUGAAAGUUUGUUUAUUUUGUGUAUGGAAUGCGAGCAAGCAACAAGAAGCAGCAGCAUAUCCUACCACUUUGAUGUCCCAAUUGAAGCUGGAGAUGAGAAGGAUAGCCACUAGCAAUAUUGCAGCGGCAUCCUUAAUUGAAGAGAAUACCGAAAAGCUAGCUAACCAAAGAUGCAAUGGCUUGCCAACUAAGAAAAAGGGAUGCCAACUAGCCAAAGAUGCUGUGGUAUCACCGAUUGAAGAAGAAGAAGAUUUCAGCUAG